CUUGGAGGAGGUCAUGUGAAGAGGUGAUGAAAGUAUGUGGGCAGACUUGGGGAGCGGGGUGAAAACGUUGGCAGAAAACCGAACGCAACGGAGACGCGCGACUGAAGCCCUAAAUUCCUCUAGGAAUUAAAGGAAGUAAUAAUAAAUAUCAAAUAAAUUUACUCUGAUGGAACUAUACUUAAACGCAAUGUCGAAGUUCUAACCUUAUACGUGUCUAUCUGUAUUAAAAUCUUUCUAUGCACCUGAUUUCAAUGACAGACUUAAGGCGGAAAAUGACUUAAUUACUACACUAUACUACUUUCGCCUAUGUAGACCACUAUGUGUAUCCAUUAUUUCACAUCCCAAUGUGGAGCUGACUACAUUUGACUUUGAAAAUGAGUUUUCCGAAAAUGCGUUCUCGAACUCAUCUAAAGUCUCACUUGUUUUUAAUGCAGCUGAUCAGCCGUUCGGUGCUUAGAUUAACUUAAUGUUACCAGCAAGCACUACUGGUUGGUUUAGAUGGUUACCUACGUAUAUUUCACAUUGCAUCUAAUUUCUUGAUGCCAUUUACAGUGUGCACUGGGUCACUUAUUGUGUUUUCAUUUUACCUAAUUAGCAAAUAAUGAUAUUUUCCGGUAUUUGCUUCAGUUUGCGAAAUGUACUAUGAGUAUGUUGUGUAGAAAAAGCUCGAAAACUGAUGAUUAGGGACAAAGGAUAAUACAGUUUCAGCCACAAACUUCGCAUGGAAAUGCAGCUUUUCUGCGCACGUAUCUCUGUGCAGUAAUGCACUAGUGUGGUGCAUUCAAGUGACAAUAUAAUCAUUGUAACUACUAAUACUUGUAUUCACUUAAAAACUUUUAUGCAUAUCUGAGUUCUAAAGCCUCAAACGGUUGUCGCUUAUGGUCUGCGAUCACGCAAAACUAAUUCUUCUCUUUCAGGUACAGUGGAAAAUUAACAACUUGCAAGUUGUGUGGUUAUCAGGUAGCUAAUUCCUAGAUACUUCCAUAAGUACAGUGUAUACGUUAGUCUUUCUGGUUGUUGCCAGUUGUUACUAGUUGUGGUUGCUACUUUCAGUAUCAUCACAAUUUCCCCUAUGUAGAUUUGCGCUUCUACAAUAUCAUUCCCACAGUUUUCAGAAAAACUUGUCGCUAUAGAUGCGAUGAUCUUUAUUGACGAAAGGAGAACAGCGUGCAUUUUGGAAAGCCUUCACGAAUUAUGCAGCACUUUCCAACUCAACAAUCCAAGCGUGUUUUACGUCAUGAUUUUUUGUUGAUUCCUGAAUUAGCCAUUAAUCCUCUUGGUGAUCGUAUUGUUAAUGAAUUUUUUAAAGAUAGUCAAGAAGAAUUGAAUUUUCGUCAAUUUGUACGUAAAUUAGCAAGAUUUCGUAAGGUUAGAUCACAACAAUCCACAGAGUUUAAUAAUCGUGAUGCUAAACUACGUUUCUUAUUCGGUAUGUAUGAUUUGGAUAUGGAUGGUCGAAUAUCAAGUAAUGAAUUAUUGGGUAUGCUACAAAUGAUGGUCGGUGCUAAUAUCACUGUUGAACAGAUUAACAAUAUUGGCGAACGAACAAUGGCGGAAGCAGACCUCGACGGAGAUGGCUAUAUAUCCUAUGACGAAUUCGUACAGGCCUUUGACAAUGUGGAUAUUGAACAGAAGAUGAGUAUUCGAUUUUUGGAAUGA